AUGAAUUCAGAUCUUACCUAUCAACAAAUUCAACAAUUACAUUUAUUGCUUCAACAGCAACAACAACAAUUACAACAACAAAUACCAAUACCAACACAAUUAGCUAAUAGUAGCGCAACAGUAACCAACAAUCCACCAGCACAACCUUCCCCAGCACCAGCUAAAGGAAGUAAAUCAAAACAGAGCGCCACUGCUACAAACAAUGAUAAUAAUACAAACUCAAACACAGCUGCCCCAACACAAAAAUUUCCAACAAGAAAAUAUAAAAAACAAAAAGAUAAAUUAGCUGAGUUUGGUAUAGAUAUUGAACUUUCUAAAAAACCAGCUGCACCAACAAAGAAAAAAGGUGCAAAACCAAAAGCAAAUACAAAAAAUGCCGAACCUGAAACCCCCACCGAAUCAAAGAAAAGAAAAAAUCAAGAACUUUUAGAUUAUUCUGAUGAAGAAUACUCAGAUAGUGACCAAGAGCAUGACGAUGACGAUGAAAAUGAAGAUGGAGGCAAUGGAGAAAAUAAAAAAAAUCGUAGAUUAUUAAAAAAUAGAGAAGCAGCUCAGUUAUUUAGACAAAGACAAAAGGAAUAUAUCAGUAGUUUAGAAUCAAAAGCUUCAACUUUAGAGGCUUCAAAUAGCACUGCCCUUUCAAAGGUAUCACAUUUAACAGAAGAAAACCAAUUAAUGAAAGAUAAAGUUAAAUAUUUAAAAAAUUUUGUAAAACAGGCAGUUUCAAUUUCUCUGCCAAUGAGUGUAGUAAAUCAAGAUAAUAUAAAUAAUUUAAAAAACAAUUUAAUAAAUCUAAAUAAUACCAAUAAUACCAAUAACAAUAACAAUACCAAUAAUAUGAAUAAUAACAAUCAAAAUAUUAAUAUAAAUAGCGAACCAAUGGAAACUACUUCACCUCAAAACGAAAAUAUCCAGCACAGUAAUGAAACAAUCCCAAUAGCCACAACCGCCGAUCCAAAUACAAUUUCAACUUCUAAUCCGAUCACAAACCCAACCAAUAGCAACAAUACAGAUAUAAAUAACUACAACUUAAAUGAUAUAAUAUUAAGCGGCUUAGCUCAAAGUGUAAAUAGUAAUAGUUUAAAUAAUAAUAAUGGCAGCAACAAUAACAAUGGUUUAAAUAGCAGUAAUUUUAAUUUUGGUUUAAAUAAUAGUAGUGUAUACUGUCAAAUCUCACAAUCAAAUCAAAAUGUAAAAAUAUAUGUUGACCCAAAUAAUGUGUACGAAAGGUAUGGUGAUGCUGACAAUGGUUUUUCAAUUUGUGAAUUUAAUGUGAAAAUUAUUGUAACCAAUAUACAAACUCCAAACUUAGAGAAUGCCUUCUCAUUUAAUCAAAUUGAUAGAGUAAACUAUGAAAUCUUUAUAAAUAAAAGUGCGACAUCACAAAUAAGUCCAUAUACAUUUACUAUUAGAGAUUAUAACAACCAAGUUAUUUCAACUGAUUUUACUGUAAAUCUAAAAUGUGAAAUAUUAAAUGGUAAUUCGCUUACUGUAAAAACAAUAGGUGAUGCUCCUGUACAAUACGGUUAUAAUAGUUAUUAUUUUUAUUUAUCUGUUAAAAAUUUAAAAUAUUCAACACAAAGUUUAAAUCUAUCAACAACCAACGAUGUAUCUAUCAGCUCAAUAAAAAUAAGUAAAGAAAUUCACUGUAUUCAAAUUUAUGCUAGUAAUGCCUUAAAUUUACUUAAUGUUAGUAUUGGCAUUAAUGUAAAUUUCCCCAAUAAAACGUUUUCAUUUUUUUUGAAACCAAUUUAUAUGACCCCAGUUGAUCAUACCCUCAGUGUUUGGAACAAUAAAUAUUUUGGAUAUAAUCAAAAGGGUUAUAACUUUUCACCCCUUAUAACUCUGAUCUCAACUAUAGAUGAAGGAUCCCCCUAUCUAGCUUGGGGAUUAAAAGAAUCUUCUAGUUCAAGGUAUGGUUUACUUAAAAUGAUUGGUCCAAACAACUAUAUUUUAGCAUUAACCCAAUUUGCAAAUCUACAGUAUCAAUACGAUAUAAUAUAUAACACUGGAAACACAUUGAAAACCAUAAGCUUUCCCUCUUCGUGUGAAAACAAAUUUCAAAAUAAUCAACUUCCAAAUGCUCAACUUAUCAUGUCUCCUACAACAACUAAAACACAAUCAUUAUGGUUUCAAACUACAAACAUUAUUUAUCAAAUCCAAAAUGCCCCAUUUUCAAUUUCAUUCUAUUCUUUUAGUUAUAUAUUUGAAUUUCCCUUUGGCUAUAUAAAGGGUUCAAAUCCUUCAUUUAGCUAUAGGGCUACAUUUUUUUCAAAACCCUCAAUUACAAACAAUGAUAAUAAUAAAUUUAAAGUGAACGAAUACCCAAUAGGUGCUAUAAAAGAAUACCAAAAUCCAAAUACAGAUAUUGAAACAGGUAAAUAUACUUUAUUUUAA